AUGCUGUCGCUCUCAAUCUUCGCCUUUUGCUGUCAGCCAAACGUUCCAUCCAUCUACACAGAGCUAGAGCAGAAGAGCUACCAGCGGAUGCAGAAAGUCUCCAUGCGUGCGAUGCUUCUCUGCAGCUUGGUGUACCUGCUCAUGGGUGUCACCGGUUUCCUUGCUUUUGGCGAGGACACGCUGGGAAACGUCUUGGGCAAUUUGCAGCCGCUGCUCUGUGCAAACGACUGGAUGGUCCGCUCCGGCAUAGCCAGCAUGGCAUUUGCUGUCACCAUGGCCUACCCGCUGAACAUUUUCCCGAUUCGUUUUUCUGUGGAGACCGCGCUUUUCUACCACAAGCCCCACCUCAAGUGCUCCGCUGUGCGGACAGGAAUUGCGGUGGCUGCUGUUGCUUCAAGCCUUGUCGUCGCGAUUGUCUUGCCGCAGAUCAACUUGAUUUUCGAGCUGAUAGGAGCUACAACAGGAAGCUUCGUGUGCUUCAUUGGUCCCGGGCUGCUUUUCCAGAGGAUUGUGCCUGGUCGCGCCUUCGCCCCGCACAAGCUUAAGGCGCUGCUGCUCAUAGUGGUGGGUCUUUGUUUCCUUGUGUUGGGGACAUACAGCAGUGUUCUGGAUGUCUUGGCGCAGCUUUCGUCCAAGGACGCAGCACCACAAUGCAGAGAUUUUGCGCAUCUCCGGGCAUCGUGA